AUGACUUGCGCCACUGUCGGCAUCGACAUCAUGUACAAUGUCAGCAACAUCUUCAUCACCACGAGCAUGAAAAGCGAUCAGCAGGGCAUCGCAGGUGCUUGUGUGAACGGCCUUCUAUUUUUGGGCAUGAGCUUCUUCCUCGGCUGGGCCGACUUGGCGUCAGCGGCCGGGGCUCGUGGGGAUUUGAAGUCUGGAUUCCAGGUUGCCCUGACACUGUCGGCAUCAGAAUUGACAGAGCAAAGGGAGAUUUGA